AUGGGUGGUUUCUUGGCAAGGUUCACCUUGUGGAAAAGCCUUGUACUCAUAGGCCUCUUUCUGAAUUUGAUAGUCAACAUUGAAAACCCCCGACUCUUGCUAACGAGAUGGGGGCCGUCACUACUGUCAUCCAUUGCCAGCGACGAGCACCGCACAAAUCUCAGCCAUAUAGCCUUUGGCAUGAUGGGGUCGGUGAAAACAUGGCCCCAUAGGCGGGGCUACCUGGAGGCGUGGUGGCGGGUAAAUAAAACCCGCGGCUACGUCUUCCUAGACAAGGCCCCGCCCCCGGAGCUCCUCCCGUGGCCGUCCACAGCCCCUCCAUACAGGGUGGUGGACGACCUCUCAGGGCUCUUCCGGGUCACGAAGCCCCGGUUCGAGCUGAUGCCACGGAUGGUGCACGGGAUCCUGGAGCUGGUGCGGGAGGAGCGGGAAGGGGUGAGGUGGGUGGUGAUGGGAGACGACGACACGGUGGUGUUCUUGGACAACAUAGUGGAUGUACUGGCGGAGUUGGAUCAUAACAAGUACUACUAUCUGGGGUGGCACUCGGAUAGCGUGGUGUCGAACUUGUGGUUCUCGUUCAACCAGGCGUUCGGGGGCGGAGGGAUCGUGAUGAGCUACCCGUUGGCGAGGGCGCUGGUGGCGGACAUGGAUGGAUGUCUUCUUAGGUAUGCGGCCAGCACUUCGGCAGAUUUGAUCACCAUGACUUGCAUUGCAGAUGUUGGAGUCAACCUCACGCCUCAUAAAGGAAUUCACCAGGGAACCGCCAAAAAUUAG